AUGGAACUCGAUCCACUGUACGGCCUCAACUCGCAGCCAACACCGCCAGCCAGCCCACCGCCUCAACCGCUCUCCCCUCUGCCGCACGUAUCGCUCCCCUCCUUGCCCCGACCAUCCGUCUCGCCGUCUGUCUCGCGUGUGUUUGAGCGAAAAGCACAGGAGACUGCGCCGCCGAUGACUUCAGGACUCGAUCUGAGCGCGCCGCCCAGUGGGAGGGGAGGAGCUGGGAAUGGAGGAGGGACGGGGAGGUGGGGGAGCAAUGGUGAGGACGACUUGGAGCAGGACAUCGCCCGCUCCCGCGCCGAACGAGCCUCCCGCCUUACGACCCUCCCCUCUUCCGACACACGCGACACCGCUUCCGCCCGUCAGAACAUCCUCAACCUCGUUUCAGCGGGCCAAUCCUCCCUCUCUGGCUCUUCCGGCUCAACUCCCUCGUUGGCGCAAUUCAUGGGCGGAGGAGCGCAGCGUAGGACGCACAAGGUUGGGACGGGUAUGACGGAUCUCGAGAGGGAGGAGACGGAGAAAUUGGAGAGGGAGAUGGCUGCUACGCGGGCCAAGUGGGCGGCGAAGACUGGUGGUGCGGCUGAGAAAGAGGAGGAGAGACCGGCGGGAAAGGGGAUGAGUUUGGCGAGCUUGAUGAUGGGCAAACCGACGGGUGCGAAGGAGUCGCCUGUCGCGGCCAAAGUCGCACAGCGGUGGCAGCCGCAGUCGCCUGCCGAGUCUACAAGCGACAAGGCGGUUGAUACGACUCCCGCCGCUUCGCUCGUCGAGGCCAAGGUCGUCUCUCGCUCGCCGCCUACCACUUCUUCCGCCGACGCCCAGCCCUCUUCUCCACCCAGUCAGGCUCAGUCUACCGCGCCUGUACCCUCAACCGCGACCGAUUUCGGCUCCCGCUCCUCCCCUCCGGCCUCCUCCGCAACAAACAGCUCCACUCUUACUCGCCUCCAAAGCUCAAACAUCGUUUCGGACAGGCUGAAGUGGUCGCAGUCUUUGCAGCAACCUGACGAGCUGUCGAGGACGCCGGCGAGCCCGGAAAAGAAGCGAGGGAGCGUGGCGGAGCGGUGGGGACGGGAUGAGGCGGGUGGGUUGGCGAAACAGUCGGUUGAUGACGGGACGGGCGCGCUGACUGGGCAAAGGGGAACAGACGAGAAGCGGGUGGGGGAACUGAUGAAUGCUGAGAUUGAGGCUGCCAAGGUCGAGAAGGUCGACGAGGAAGACUUGCCGGCAUCGCCCGUGGCUGAGAACGUCGUGCCGAAGCUUGUGCAUGUCACUCGCGACCGCGCUCGCCCGACGAAGUCGACGCCUCGUUCCGCUCCAUCGUUGUCAUCCGACCAGUCAUCUGCUCCUACGGUCCGAGACGCUCCUGCUGCUUCGGUCGAGGCGCCUGCCGCCCCCACAGCAACGGAACCAGCCGGCCAGAAGAGCUACUCGAAGCCUUCCUGGCAGGGCGCGCCCAUCAGCGUCAAGGAUCCGAGCACAUCGUCUUCUGCAGCUGCUACGCCAAACGAACCUACGCCAGAACGUCGCUACACCCGUGGCGUCGCCCUUCCCGGCAUGUCUUCCUCCGCUUCGCCUGCUCCCACCGCCUCGCCCAGCUUCACACCCCAGUCCUCCCGCCAGCCUUCGAUCUCUUCUUUCCCCUCAACGCCUAAAGCAGCCGACUCCCAACCUCCUCCUUCUCCGGGUCGCGCCUCCGUCCGCGACUUCGCCAAGCGCUGGUCGCAAGUCUCGCAGGAGUCUUCGGCCGCCGCGAAGAACUUUGAGGCGCUUGCGGCGAUCAAGGCGUCGUAUGGUGUGAGGGUUGCGCCCUCGAGGCAGGCGUCGAUGCCGGUUGAGCAGGCGCCGAAGAAGGUUGAGGAGCCGGUCAAGAGCAAGUCGGUCGAGGUGCGGCCUGCAGAGUCAAAGCCGUCUUCGGCGCCGGCAGCACCUCUUCAGCAUCCUGUGCGUUCGGAUGAGCCACAUGCACCUGCUCGACCGGUUCAAGCCGCAGCACAACCGACUCGCACCGCUUCUCCUCCUCAGCUAGCGGUACCUGCAGACAAGACUGCGACGCCUGCCACGACUCCCAGUCAGACGACGCUCAAGCAGACUUCUCGACCCGACACAGCCUCAGCCGCCGACGACAUCGUCUCCUUCCUCAUCUCGCACAAGCCGACCGCCGUCCACCUUCCACCCGGGGAGACCGCCUCCCUCGACGUCUUCCACCUCAACUCGCCAACCGACGACCCGCACCCUAUCGACCACAACCACAUCCUCCACCAAACCGAGAUCCUCGGUAUCGUCCAUCGCGCCGAACCACCCAACUGGUCAGGUGACGAGGCGGAUUUGCGGACGAGCGUGUGGGUCUGGCGAGGGAAUGAGGCGGUCGAGACAAGGCGGACGAGGGAACGGAUCGAGCGGCUGAAGGAGAAGACGGGCGCGGAACCGCUCGAGGUCAAGUACCGGCAUGAACCGCCUGCGCUGGCUGAAGCCUUCGCAGGGCAGUUGACCAUCUGCAAGGGCGCGCGAGACGCUUUCGACCAUCUCGCCAAGCGCUUAUUCUUGGUUCGCUCGGAGGACGGCGUCGUCUACGUCGAGGAGACCGACCUCUCCGCCCGCUCAAUCUGCUCCGGCUUCUGCUCGACCUUCUCAACCCUGGGCGAGGUGUUCGCCUGGCUUGGGGAAGGCUCAAACGAGCUCGAGCGACAGGCGUGCUGUGAAUUCGCCGAGUCCAUCGCAGACGGCAGGACCGUCACCAUCUUGGCGGAAGGCGAGGAAACGGCGCUAUUCUGGCUCGAGGUGGGCGGAACGGAGUACGCCUCUGCUCAGUACUGGCGAUACCGCCCUCACUACACCGGUCGCGUCUCGGUCGUCCACCUCGACUCGACUUCGCGCCCCAGCUUCGCCCUCUCGCCAUCCCUCGAACUCUCGCCCAUUCGAGUAUCUCUUGUCGACGCCGCUCCUCACGAGAUCUGGAUCGUCGUCCCAUCUUCCGCGACGGAGCGGAAAGACGACAUCAAGCUCGCGCUCGACGCUGCGGAGCGCUUGUCGAAGAAGUGGGUCCAGCGUGGGCUCCCGAGCAGGACUCCUUACCAUUUUCUCUCCUUCCCGUCCCUCAUCCCGCGGGAUCUCCUGUUCCUCUCCCGCCAGCUCGACUUUGCGCCACUGAACGAUGGCUCGUCGCCAAGCAAAGUCAACGUCUAUACGGCUGACGAAGCGAAGGAGACCUGGCUUGCGUAG